CGACGGCAUUUUGUUAAGUAUAAAUCGACGCAAGUCCAGUACUAUCUUUAGCGUUAAGCACAAAGUUACAGUGAAUUUGGUGAUAAAAGAGAAUAAAAAUAAUUAUAAUAUUAUAAUAUGAAUUCCAACGAAAUGUUCGAAGACCAGGAACUAUUGUUUGACCAGUUUGCUACACCUUCAGCUCCAGUGGACGAGCCAGUGCCGGUUGCAGUGCCAACACCUGAUCCAGUAAUAGUCCAACAGCCACAAGGCAGUUCAAUCCCGACCUCAGCGUCUAUACCUGACAAAAUUGGACCUGAGGCAGAGUGCAUGAUCUGCAAGUCCUGCAACAAACAGAUCUUUACAAGAAUUGAAAGCAAAACAACUACUAAUACCUUUUUAAUUGCUGGUCUAUGUUGCUUGUUGCUGUGCUGGCCUUGUGCGUGCUACUUAUACCGUUCACCACUCUGUCGGAAGAUAGACCACUACUGUCCAAACUGCGACGUCCACAUUGCUAAGGGUUUGGGUAGGCCACCACCAUACACAGAGUUUGUCACACCUCCACCUCCAGUGGCUCAGCCAGUACCCGUCGCAGUACCAGCACCCGUUCCAGUAAUAAUCCAACAGCCACAAGUCAGCCCAAUCCCGAUCUCAGUGUCAAUACCUGACAAUGUUGGACCAGAGGCAGUGUCCAUGAUCUGCAAGUCCUAUGCUGGCCUUGUGCGUGCUGCGUAUAUUGUUCAGCAAGCUGUCGAAACACAGACCACUACUGUCCAAACUGCGACACCUACAUUGGUACCUACACCCAUUAGUACUACAAAUUUGAUAAAGGGAUCCUUUAUCGAAAAAAAUGGAGAAACAAUUUGGUUUUGGUAA